AUACAUUUUAGAAAGUAUAAAGGUCGCGUGGUCUAGCUGGAUGUUGGGUUUGGUCGUCGUAAGAAGCGUUAAUUUAAUGGGAAAUAAUCAAUUUUAGCGAAUCGAUUAACGUAUGGACUUUUAUUUAAGUAUUUCCUGAUGUUUUAAAGGGUUUUUAGGGCAAAAAACAUGGAAGACAGCUGGAAAAUUGUUCAGGAUCAAGUCGCGGAUCUGUACGACUUCCGAGAUCAUUACUUUGAAAGGAAUCCAAUAGAAGAAGCAAAAGAUAAGCCCAAUCGGCUGAAGGAAAAAGUAAAGAGUGCUUUAGAGACUCUAGAAAAGCAUCGUGCUUUCUGUGAAGAGAACAACAAAGCGCAGUUUCACAUGCUGAAAGGUCAGAUCCUGAACGUGGAGUCGGACUUCGACCAGGAAGCGCUCGAGUCUCUCUCCAAGUCCGUCAAGCUCAAUCCAAAAUUGUUCGAAGCGUGGAACCACUUGGGAGAGUGCUACUGGAAGAAAGGAGACGUCCAGGCAGCCCGAAAUUGUUUCGAAGGAGCCCUAAAACAUUCGAAAAAUAAAGUCUCGCUGCGUAACCUGUCCAUGGUUCUGAGGCAGUUGGGCAAUACUCCCCAGGAGAAGGCAGACAACAUCCAGAGCGGAAUCGACAAGGCCCGAGAGGCCGUGCAAAUGGAUGUGGAAGACGGAAAGUCUUGGUAUAUUUUGGGUAACGCGUACUUAAGCUUCUUCUUCAUUGCAAAUCAAAAUCCAAAGGUUCUGAAGCUUUGUAUGGCUGCUUAUGAGAAGGCGCUCCAAGACCCUGUAAGUCGUUGCGAUCCCUGCCUCCAUUACAACCGUGCUACAGUUCUGAAAUAUGAAGAAGAUUAUCAGGGCGCAAUAGACGGAUUCGAGAAGGCGAUCCAGUACGAUCCACUAUGGACGGACGUCCGAGACAGCCUCGAAAACUUUGUGGGUUAUGUGCAACAAAUCCAGGAAAUGGUCGUCAAAAAGGGUUGUCUUAAAGCAAGAAGACUGCAAAUGCUCUUAAAAUCGAUUAAAAAGCACCACUUGGGACCAUAUGCAGAUAAUGCCGUUGCAGAGGAGAAAGGAACGAAGUUCGAACAAAUUAAAUUAAAUCAAUUACAACCGGGAACAAACAGUGGCAAGGUGGUGAUUGGAAAAGUCGUAUGUAACGUAACGUGUUUCGACCCCGUGGCAUUCACAUUCUGCAUGAUUGAUGACGAAGAGACCUGUUGUGCCGUGACGGUUUACAAUCUGGCAGAAGGACGGGGCAUGAUCAUCGGAGACUCCGUGGCCAUUCCCGAACCAAACUUGAAAAUAAUGAAAGUGAAACACAAAGAGAAGGAAUUCUGUUACAAGAGCAUCAGAGUUGACACCCCUCUACGCCUGGUUGUAAACGGUAAACAGCUGACGGCAGAGAUGUUGGGUUUGGUCGUCGUAAGAAGCGUUAAUUUAAUGGGAAAUAAUCAAUUUUAG